AUGCGUAUCGCUCUUCUUACCCUUUUCUCCGGUGCUUUGGUCACUGCGCUCUCUGGAGAAGAAGCUUUAAAUAAGUGGGGUGGUGAUAAGGGUUGGGGUAAAGGUGGUGGGGGUAAAGGUGGGGGUGGGCUUUCCCACGGGGGUAACAAUAUUGGCAAUGGGGAUGGUGGUGGCAUUAACAUUGACACUGGUGGUGGUGACAUUGGAGACAUUGGGGUUGGGGUUGGUGGGGGAGGGGGUGGUGGGGGUGGCUGCGACCCUAACACUUGUAACUACGAGUGUCAGCAAAUGGGUGACCAAUCAGGUUACUGCUACAACGGGAGUGGAUCUCCCAGUAUACUUGGACUUGUCCUUGGACAAACUAGUAUGCCCCUGUGGCUCCUGCCGACGUCGCUGCUGAGCACCAGCUCCCCCGAUGCCCUGAUCCGCGUCACUUUUGAUGCCGGUAUGAAAUCUGUUGCCGGCGAAGAGUACAUCUCUAUGCUCACACAGAACGCCAUGGUGCACCGUAUUCUUCCCCUGGAUAAGACUGUUUUGGUGUCCGAGCUCCACACAUUCACACUAGCCCAACUCACCUACAACAACACCAUCGCUGGUCAGUGGCUGCCCGCUGAGGCUGUCACCAACAACACUAUUUACACCCAAGCCGGUUAA